UAGAACAUUUGCCAAUCAACAUGCACCAUUUAGAAAUGUAAAUGCAAUAGUUUAACCUUUUUUAUAGAAGAGUUUUUUUUAAUUUCUUUUCACUUUAAAAGAAAAAAAUGGCUUCAAGAACAUUUGUAUGUCAAAGAUAUAUAUCGAAUUAUAAUGAGGUAGGAAAAUCGAAUUUUCAUGUAACGAAACAUGUUUGCGUAAAUCAUUCAGCGUGUCGCGAUCCAUCGGACGAAUCAAAUGCAGAUUCCAGAGGAACAAAGAAAUCGAGUAUAAAAAUGUGUCACAAAUUCAAUUCAACAGAGACGAUAUUUCUGUUUGUCGAAAUGACACGUCGUCAACGGAUGAAUCUAGUUCACCGUCCAGCAAACAAGAGGAGAAUUCGAUGUAAUAAAAUUAAAAUUAAAAUUUGUCACAAAUUUUAUUUUUUCAAUUUUCCCAUUAAAAAAAAAAAAAAGAAGCUGUGGGACAAAAGAGUCAUUUGCGUCAAGCUGCAAGUGUUGCAACAUCACGGAGGGAUCAGAUCCUCUGGCCGAAGCGAUGUU